AUGGCUGCGGCCUUUGACGACGAGGACCUCUCGGUCACCCUCCCUGCUGUCGGCCGCGACCGUCCUCGCGAGCGCUCCGAUGAAAUUAAAUCGCCUGAUGCCAACCAAUCCGCCAUGGCCAUGCCCCCGCCGUCGCGACCGAUCGGAAAGGGUGGUGACGCUUUGCGGCAGUCCCCAGCUACGAUGAGGGAUAUGCAGCGCCUGGAUCAGUAUCAGACAGUCAAGGUUCUGGGCGAAGGAUCUUUUGGAAAAGUGAAGCUGGCUAUCCAUCAACCCAGUGGCCGCCAGGUGGCCUUGAAAAUCAUCUCUCGCCGCAAAUUGCUAUCCCGGGACAUGAUCGGUCGAGUCGAGCGCGAGAUUCAAUACCUCCAAUUGCUACGGCAUCCUCAUAUCAUCAAGCUGUACACCGUUAUUUCGACCAAGACGGAUAUCGUCAUGGUGCUAGAGUACGCCGAGCGGGAGCUCUUCGAUUACCUUGUAAAACGGGGUCGAUGCAAUGACGCGGAAGCGCGCAAGUUCUUCCAACAGAUCAUCUGCGCCGUCGAAUACUGCCACCGUCAUAAAAUCGUCCACCGCGAUCUCAAGCCGGAAAACCUCCUCAUUGACCGCGACAAGAAUGUGAAGAUUGCGGACUUUGGUCUGAGUAAUAUCAUGACGGACGGCAACUUCCUCAAGACCAGCUGCGGCAGCCCCAACUAUGCGGCUCCCGAGGUCAUCUCCGGCAAGCUGUAUGCCGGCCCGGAAGUCGACGUCUGGAGCUGCGGAGUCAUCCUGUACGUGCUGCUGGUGGGACGACUCCCAUUCGAUGACGAUUAUAUCCCGGCGCUUUUUAAGAAGAUUGCCGCGGGCAACUUCCACAUGCCCACCUACAUAUCCUCCGGGGCUGCCCGGUUAAUUCGGGCAAUGCUACAGGUGCAUCCGGUGCACCGGAUCACCAUUGAAGACAUUCGCAACGACCCUUGGUUCUUGCAGGAUCUUCCUACAUAUCUGCAACCUCCCCCGGAGGAGUUUAUCGCAACGGACAAAGCAAUCGAUCCGCGCAAGAUUGCUGCGGGUAAGCCGCAUGCAAUUCAGAACAAGAUCAGCCAGGUAGCCAUAUCCAAGCUGGAGAGGAGCAUGGGUUAUGGGCGUGAGGAUAUCGAAGAUGCGCUCAAACACCCUGAGCCUAGUGCUAUCAAGGAUGCCUUCUUCAUUGUCGUGGAGAAUGAGAUGAUGCAAACAAACUCACCCACGGAUAUUGCCAUGAUGAGUGCUUCAACCGUGCCUCCACCACCAUCUCCAAACCGUACCGCCAUAGCGCCUGGUCGACCGGCGCUCCAUUCAGCACAGGCCCAACCAACACGAACCCGAUCCGGCUCCCGCCGGCAGUCGGUCCCAAUGCCGCAACCUACAGAGUCUGAUGACACAGAGGCGCCGAGGAUCAGCCACGUCCGAAUUCUUCCGACCAGCCUACCGUAUGUCCACGAACAGCUUAUGGAACAGCGGCAGAAAGAGCGUGAACGGGUGCGAGAGGACCUAGAAGAGCAGGCUCAAGCUCAAGCUAGCUUAGAUGAGGAGGACCCUGGUCGAACUGCCCGCUCGCCGGAAGAGCAGGAGGCAACAGCCAGAGCGUUGAAGCCUCAUUCGCGGAGUAUCAUCGAUCUCGAUAAGCUGCGGCUUGAGCCGCCAGUGAAGGAUAGAGAGCAGAAGGAGACUACCAAGAGGAGGAGGUGGCAAUUUGGAAUCCGCUCGCGCAACCAGCCGUACGAGGCAAUUCUCUAUCUUUACAGAGCGAUCAAAGCGCAGGGAGGGAUCUGGGAGAUGCAGCCCGCCGAAUCAGGAACUGCGGUACCUGAUUCAGAGUCUGAAGAGCGCCCCUUGCAGAGCAAAUACCCGGAUCUGCCGUCCGACCACUACAUUCCUAAAGACCUCUGGUUCAUUCGCGCACGGCUAUUGAAAGCGGGCGUCCAUGCACCAGGCUUGGCCUCCAGCAUUCACAGCAGCAGGAGCGACCUUGAAGAGACGCGACGCCGGUUCAACAAUCCUGUACCCAAUGUACCGGAGGAUAGGACGAGCCCCGGAGAGACCACCACCACAUCGGGGCCGUCGUCUGCCACGCGAGACCUGUCUAUCUCGCGCAUCUCCUACGGGGUGUGGGUCUUUAUCGACAUCCAGCUCUACCAGCUGGAGGAGAACAACUACAUGGUUGACUUCAAGUGCGACGGCUACCAGAAUGUGAUCCGCGCGGAGGGGGAGACGGAUUGGCACCCGAUCAGCAAGCGGUUCCGGAACAAGGAGAAAGAGGUGAGCAGUCCUUAUCCGUUCCUGGACGUGGCAUCAGAUCUCGUGGCCCAGCUGGCCGUGGCGAGCUAG